AUGUCACCUACCCCUGCUGCCGAAGCCACCGGUGUUGAAGGCAGUAGCUCUGAGCAACAAAGACCCCAGCCUCAACAGCCAGUCGAGUACAACGACGGCUCCAACAUGGCUCAAGACAAGUCCACCCAUGCUGGGGGCCGCAAUCCCAAGGACAAGGGGCCUUCGAAAUUGCUUACCCUUAGCCAUUUAAGAACUUAUCCGCUAGUUAAAACCAGCUCCAAUUUGUUUGGCAUGGUCCCUGGUAGUGGCUUCACUGUCAGCACCGCGAGAUCAUCGUUUGCUUUUAUUAGAAGCUAUCAACCGUUCAAGUACUUGAUCGAAGCCAGCGACAAGUUCUCGAAUUCGAUGUUGGAUCAAUUGGAUAAAUGGAUCCCCAGCUUGCAGACUGUCGAAGUGCAGGACUUGACUAACCCCAUCGCGACACCAGUGGCUAACGCAGUUGAUUCGAUACAACACACAGUCUCGGGGAUCAAUGACUCGGUAUCGAGAAACAUCUUGGACCCCGUGAACCGCACUAUUAUCGAGCCUACCAAAUCGAGAAUUAGCGACGCGAGAGAUGGGUUGAACCAGCGUGUUCAUGAUGAGAAUGGCAAGGGAAUCGUCUCGAGCCAGGCUGAUCCGUUGGUGAAGCCGCUUAACGAUACGUUGGAGAAUUUCGUCGGUAACCAUUUCCCUGACCGCAAGAUUAACAAUGAGGGGGGACAUUCGAGUGAGAUUGCGAGAAGUUUCAAGAUUGUGGGCAAUAUCAUCCAUACUGGCAAUAAGAAGGACGACGCGGGCCGUGCUCAGGAGAAGAGUAAAGAGAGGAAGAAGUGA